UAGGAAGUGGCUCGUGUAUGUUUACGCUCUCUUUCCGCUCGAUCUGACUGGACCGGUUUUUACGGAGGAGGACACCGGGUUCCCGAACUCCUAGCAGCCGUCUGAAAGAGAGGAACGCCGGCUUGUCACGUUCACUCAGCGGAACACCGAGUUCGUGCUAGAAGAAGGUGGAGGAGCAGUGUAGAACCGGGCCAGGACCGUGCAGUACCGCUGGAAGCAGGGGAGGGAGGGGGAGCCAGCCCGGAACCACACCGAGUUACAGCGAGCCGGGUCAUCCGGACCGAGACCUCAUGAAUGGAAAUCGGAACAACAGGAGCCCAAACCUUGUUUACGUUGCCACGGCGACCCGGAUAUGGCUCCAUCGGAAAGCCCAUCAAGCUCCUGGCCAACUGCUUCCAGGUGGAAAUCCCUAAGAUCGACGUCUACCUGUACGAGGUCGACAUCAAGCCGGAGAAAUGCCCCCGGCGGGUCAACAGGGAGGUGGUGGACUCCAUGGUGCAGCACUUCAAGGUGACGAUCUUCGGCGACCGGAUGCCGGUUUACGAUGGGAAGAGGAGUCUCUACACGGCGAGUCCACUUCCUGUGGCCACCAGCGGGGUGGACCUGGACGUCACGCUGCCGGGCGAAGGCGGGAAGGACCGGCCGUUUAAGGUCAGCAUCAGGUUCGUGUCGCUGGUCAGCUGGCACCUUCUGCACGAAGCCCUGACCGGUCGCAGCGUCCCUGAGCCGCUGGACCUGGACAAGCCGCUCAGCACCAACCCGGUUCACGCCGUGGACGUCGUCCUGCGACACCUGCCCUCCAUGAAGUACACCCCGGUGGGUCGGUCCUUCUUCUCCUCCCCCGAGGGCUACGACCACCCGCUGGGCGGAGGCCGGGAGGUCUGGUUCGGCUUCCACCAGUCGGUGCGGCCCGCCAUGUGGAAGAUGAUGCUGAACAUCGAUGUUUCAGCCACAGCCUUCUACAAAGCGCAGCCGGUCAUCCAGUUCAUGUGUGAGGUGCUGGACAUCCACAACAUGGACGAGCAGCCGCGCUCGCUGCCGGACUCGCACCGAGUCAAAUUCACCAAAGAGAUCAAAGGUCUUAAAGUGGAAGUGACCCACUGUGGAAGCAUGCGGAGGAAGUACAGGGUGUGCAACGUGACGCGGCGGCCCGCCAGCCUGCAGACGUUCCCUCUGCAGCUGGAGAACGGCCAGACGGUGGAGCGCACCGUGGCGCAGUACUUCAGGGAGAAGUACAACCUGCAGCUGAAGUACCCCCACCUGCCCUGCCUGCAGGUGGGCCAGGAGCAGAAACACACCUACCUGCCGCUGGAGGUGUGUAACAUCGUUCCCGGCCAGCGCUGCAUUAAGAAGCUGACUGACAACCAGACGUCCACCAUGAUCAAAGCCACGGCGCGCUCGGCUCCGGACAGGCAGGAGGAGAUCAGCCGCCUGGUCAGGAGCGCCAACUACGAGUCCGACCCGUUCGUCCAGGAGUUCCAGUUCCGGGUGCGCGAUGAGAUGGCUCAGGUGACGGGGCGCGUCCUGCCGGCCCCCAUGCUGCAGUAUGGCGGCAGGAACCGCACGGUGGCCACGCCCAGCCACGGCGUGUGGGACAUGAGGGGGAAGCAGUUCCACACCGGAGUGGAGAUCAAGAUGUGGGCCAUCGCCUGCUUCGCCACCCAGCGCCAGUGCAGAGAGGAAAUCCUGAAGCCGUCGGUGUUCCAGCAGCCGAUCAUCUUCCUCGGAGCGGACGUCACUCAUCCUCCAGCCGGCGACGGGAAGAAGCCGUCGAUCGCUGCGGUGGUCGGCAGCAUGGACGCCCAUCCCAGCCGGUACUGCGCCACGGUCCGGGUCCAGCGGCCCAGGCAGGAAGUGAUCCAGGACCUGGCCUCCAUGGUGCGSGAGCUGCUGAUCCAGUUCUACAAGUCGACCCGCUACAAGCCGACCCGGAUCAUCUUCUACAGAGACGGCGUGUCGGAGGGCCAGUUCAGACAGGUGUUGCACUACGAGCUGCUGGCCAUCAGGGAGGCCUGCAUCAGCCUGGAGAAGGAGUACCAGCCAGGAAUCACCUUCAUCGUGGUCCAGAAGCGCCAUCACACGCGGCUCUUCUGCGCAGAUCGCAACGAGCGAGUCGGCCGAAGCGGGAACAUCCCAGCCGGGACCACCGUGGACACGGACAUCACCCACCCCUACGAGUUUGACUUCUACCUGUGCAGCCACGCCGGCAUCCAGGGAACCAGCCGCCCGUCCCACUACCACGUCCUGUGGGACGACAACUGCUUCACGGCGGACGAGUUCCAGCUGCUCACCUACCAGCUGUGCCACACCUACGUCCGCUGCACGCGCUCCGUCUCCAUCCCUGCGCCCGCCUACUACGCCCACCUGGUGGCGUUCCGCGCUCGCUACCACCUGGUGGACAAAGAGCACGACAGCGCCGAGGGAAGCCACAUCUCAGGGCAGAGCAACGGCAGAGACCCGCAGGCGCUGGCCAAGGCCGUGCAGAUCCACCACGACACCCUGAGGACCAUGUACUUCGCCUGAGCGUCGGCUCUGGUCCCACCGCUGAGCUGCCGAAACCCGAUCGGGGUCGCCCCACCGUGAGCGACCGCUAGAUCUAGAGCAUCAGAAGUUCUGUUUGCGUUUUUCUACGACGGCCAUUUUAGAGAGAGAGAAAAAAAAGAGUAAAUAUCCACCAUGAAACGCUGAAAUUUUGAGAAUUUUGGAAAAAAAACAUUAAAGACUUUUUGACUGAGUUAGAAAAGUCAAAAAUUUACUACAAAAUGCUGAGAAAUUUUGAGCUUAAUCUAAAAAAAAAAAAA